AUGGAGGUCCAGUGGGUUGGGGUUAAAUCCCCAAGGCUGGGCCCUCCGCAUGCAGCCAGUGUGAUACUCUCUAUUCUGCUCGGUAAUGUCUAUCUCUCACUUUACAUUACCUCAUCACUGCAGCUAAUGCAUCACCACCUCACUAUGUAUAUAUAUUUUUAUUUUUUUAAAGUCUAUAUUGUUUGCAUUGAACACCAAAAGCUGGUUUCAUCUCAAGUGCGUAUGUGCUGUUGUGCAGAGAAAUACUGCUGUGGCUUUUCCAAAUCUGACAUUGACCUUUAUCGACUUCCAACUAGUAUAGGUGUUUGAUGCAAGAGUAUGGGUCAGUGCAGUCCUGACGGUUUUUGAGAAAGAUGGUCCUUUGUUGACAGGGGAAGUUUGUUGUGAUGAAGACUUUUAUGAAGUUUGUUUAACCUCUCAUACAAAAAUCUGAUACUGAAAUGACCUGAAAACAGAGAAUGUGCAAACAAAAGAGAGUUUGUAAUUAAGCCUGUGACUGAAAAACGUUGUUGCAGCCAAACAGUUUCAUAUGCAUAUUGAUCUCUGUUGGUUUGUCUUGGGAUUGUGUGUCCACAAAAGGAAAUGUCAGCAGAAUAAAGUGGCCCCUGCAGUGGAAAAGCUGUGUCAGACUAAGGGCACUCAAAACGAGGCCUUACAGUGGGCUCACAGUGAAACGUGUAUCUGCAGUGAUAGAGCGGCAGCAUCCCCCAGACUUGUGUCCUGUAAACUCACUGUUAUCCUUUCUUUUUUAAAGAGCUAAAGCAGCAGGUAUCAAGCUGUGAUACUGUUUUGGAAAGUAAACUCAUACACACAGUUUCAGGUGAGAAGUCUUGAUUCUGUUAUGACAUCUGACAACGCACACAGGUGUAAGAGAGGUACAGUUUCUGAGGCAGGUUAGACUGACAGACAAGUUUGCUGUCCUGCAUUUAUUCUGCUUCAAGCAUUACCUGAAAGUUAACUCUAGGCCUAUUGUAAAUGGGGUUUUGUGUGUUUGUUAAAUUGUGUAUGAAUAUACAAUUUACACGAUCUGCUGUCUGUGGCUUUAUGUGUGGGCGCUGUGAGAUUUCAAAAAGGCCUUUAAGUAUUAUCAGUGAAAUAAGAUUCCUCCCAUGUACAAUUUUAAGCUGACUUAACCAUAGAUUGUUUUGUUCAGCUCCUGCUUGUCCACAGAUGUUGUCUUCAUUUAGAACAAACAGGAGAUAUUUUAGCCUCCUCUGCAGGUGGUCAAAGAAAGAUGCGCUAGCAGGUGGGAAACAUCUCUGUGUCAUCUUUUUGUCGUCAUCUUCAUUUUUCAUCAUGCGAUGCACAAAGAGGCGGUUUGCACAUUAAGCAGUGUACUCACUGAUCUGUUUUUCUGUAAGUGUGCGCAGUUUUUGGAAACCAGGCUCACAUCUAAGCGUGAAAGGGGUUUAAAUCUCUGGAUUUCAACCAUUUCAAGUCGAAGCUGUUCUCAUGUAAAUCACACGUGACCUAUAAUACACAAAUUCAAAUCUUGUCCCUUCACCAUUUAGAAUCCUUGUCUUAAAACCUUGAGGACAGUGUUUCAUGUGAUGUCUGUAACUUGUCAGAUCACAUGACACCUUUUAUUUUCUAUAGGGCCAGACAGGAGAGCCACCAGGUACUUCGCGCCCCAAGAAAAAACAUCAGUUUUCCCCUACCCACCUUCUUAAGUGUUCCUAUACAUUUUAGGGUCUCCUAUUAGUCAUUGUCACAUAGCGUCUCCACUCAUAUGGGACAUUUGGGUCUAGACUGCAUGUCUGAUAAGUAGCACUCAUUGGCAGUACAGAAUGGCAUGGAGAGCAAACAAGAUAUCCAACUCAUGUCAAAAUGUCCUGUUGACUUUGUUAUGAAGGAUGUUUCUUUUUGAUAUCUUAAGUAUUGCAUCAAAAAAACACCAUGAGCCAGACUACGGUGUUUGUUUUCAGGGUAUGUUAUUUUCAUGUGGAGAGCAUAAACAGCAGUUGUGAAGACAGAAUUGUUCUGAAGUUGACAUCUGUAGGCAAGAAACUAGAGCAUCGCUGCUCUACUUUUAUCUCUGAAACCAAAACUUUAAGCCGCAAAAGAAAACCUUAAUUGGCAACAAAGAGAACAGAGACAAUGGGUGAAGGGCUACUGACUCAAGGGAAGUGUUAUUUGAGUUUUGUCAGAGACACAAUAUCAAGAUUAGAGACUGUGAAAUAAGAACAUGCGUAGUCAUGUAGUUCUUUUGGUUUCCCUCUUAUCAGCAGCUUUAAUAACAGAGUAGGAAUCAGGGAAGUUUGAUAGAGAACAACGGCUGCGAUUGGGAUACACAGAGACAGUGAAAGUGAAGGAUGUAAAGAAGAGAAACUAUAAAUACUAGAACGUUGUUGAAUGGAAACGCAGAAGUAACACUGUAUGCAUGCAGAAAGAGGCAGGAGGGGUGAUGCUGUUGCUCUGUCGUCCCCAUUUUUGCAAGCUCACUGUGCUGCAUUAGACCAGCUGAGGAAAAGAUCACACUGAGAGAGUUUGGGAAGUCUGUAGAAGGGCUGGACAGUGAAUGAGUAACAUUUUAUACCCAUGAAAUACUUUCAUUUAAUACCUUACACCUUGUCUGCGGUUGUAAGCAACAAUAUGUCUAUAUGCUGCAGUGGUGCCUGUCAGACAUUGACCUUGACCAUAGUGUGAGAAUGUGGCGUAUACAAAACAGAGCAGCAGAAUCAUAUGGAAGUCAGAGAGGAUGCAGGAUGUGCUACAGCUGCUCCUGCAACCAUUCAUCACCCUCAUACAUGUCAGGUUUUUUUUUCUCUCUCUAUAACCUCUGAAUGUCUUUAGUACAGCUCUGCAAAGCACCUCAUGUGCAUGUAGUUUACACCUCACACACUAGAUGGAAGCACUGAGCGCAGGCUGUUAAUAUGAUGAAAAACAUGACGAGAAUACACCUGUAAUGUAGUCUGACUGACUGUCUGUAUCUGAGUGUACAGUUACAGUCUUCAUGAGUCGCACAGCAGCUCACUUCCUCUCCUGUUUUUCACAGUAAUGUCACAGCAAGGACUUUUGAGUGUCACUGAGGUUUGACUUGAAAGUGUAGACUGUACUCAUUAUAAACUGUUCAGAAAACAGAAACAUAACUUCAGUGCCAACAGAAUAAGAAAUACAUUUUCAAACGGCUAUAGAUUUAGCUGGUAAUACACACUAUGAUAACUGUGAAUUAUCAAUAUUAUAAAUCAUCAUGAGUCUAAAAGAUUUGGAUAAUUAUAUGAUGUUGUGGGACUACUUUUGUACUGUUACUACAUUAAUUUCACAUCACUACAAUAAUAAAAGACAGUAUAAACCAUGUGAGGGGAUAUUUUGAUUCUUGUAGUAUGGUGUUUUUGUGUGUACCUUCUCUAAUUCACAUUGUUCACAUAUAAUUGUGAGCACAUUAGACAUGCUUCACAAUGUGAGCAUGUAUACAAAGUGUUGUGAGUAUGAAGAGUUGACUUUGGGCUAUUUUUAAUAGUUUAUAUGAUACAGCGAAGACUUUCCAGUGUUUUGUGUGUGGAGGGCAAACUGAUACCAAAAAACGGAAAAAUGCUCAAAUUAGACCAAAAAUAUACUUAGGUGGCCAUUGAUGUACACUAGUGUGUGUGUUGAUGUAACUACAAUCACAGAAUACACUGAGAUAUUGUUUUCCACAGUGCAGUGCAGUUCAAAAAGCAACAAAAUCAGUACAAAUGGUCAAUUGUGACAUAAGGCUUCUUGCAGCUCACGUGACGAACACCCAGGGCCAACCACGAGGCCUCGGCCCACUCCUUGGUACUUGUUGUACACACCUUGUUGCAGGGCCCUGCUCUGCUAAUGCAGUGUGUUUACAAAUGAGAAGAAAUCAAAGGUAAAUAAAAUUAUUACUCCAGGGUACUGAUAUCAUAUAAAUACUUUAAUAUUGUUAAACUAAGUUGGUCUGUCAUUUUGGACUCUGAAUGCUGAUGAAUAGUUUGAAAUUUUGUUUAAAAAAUUGUGUUUACUCUUUUUGAAUAUCGAGCCACACAAGAUUUAAACAGAGAAGUGAUGCAACAAUAGACACCGCUACUCAAAUCAUGAUGGACAGAGUACUCAUCUGUUACCUCUUGCAGUAAUAAUGAAUUGUUGUUUCUGGAAAAAAGCAAUAGGCAUCAUUUUACCUUCCUAAUUUCACCAACAAAUCUGCAAAAAUUGCAAAAAAGCAUUGCAAAUAAGAUGAUCAACCAGCUGUUCUUAUCGAGAUAGAUCACCUCCCCCCAGUUACUUUGACACAAAUUUCCAGCUGCUCUUUUAGAUCCUUAGAUUCAUGGACCCUUAUAUCAAUAUAGUUAAAGCCGAAGGGUGAUAAGCUUUGCUCAGUUUAGCCGAUCUCAGUAUUGAGUCCUGAGAUGGGGUAACAAGCAGCUGUUGACUGAAAACAACAAAGUCAAGGCUUCAUCACCAGGAUUCAUCAGGGGGGACCUUACUAAACUUUUUCUAUUUUUAAUUGACAACAGCUCAAAUAUUUCCAUGAUUCGAGAUAUAAAACAGGAUCGAACUGUUGAUUGUUGCUUGUAUUUAAUGGGCAUAUAAAAGAAUGGUAUAGCUAGCUUGAGGGGGCUCUAAUGUGCCUCUUUUCCGCUGUCUUCUUCAGGCGUGUGGUCCUCUCAGGCCCUAGAGAUGAACGUGGGGAAGAUUAACCACAUGGAGGCGGUGAAUGGCAGUACUGUCAUGUUACCCUGUGUAUACUACAGCUGUAUCGGUAUCAAGAACCUCUACUUUAGCUGGCAGUUCAACGAGAGCGGCACCAUGCAGAAGGUAAGUAAGAUCAACAUGUAAGACAGAGAUUCAGGGUCAGAUUUUGGUCAACUUUAAGUGGCAGUUUGAUGAUUGACAGCUUGCCGAUCCACUCAGGUGUGUGAUUCAGUGAUAGCAUCAGAGGACGCGAUGCCACAUGUGAGUGUAUAUCGAGAGCGAGUGGAGUUUGUGGGGAUGAACGACGAAUGCAACAUCUCCAUCCUGAUUUGGAACAUCACCUUCGAGGACGGAGGAGAGUACACAUGUUUCGGACGUAACCCCAAAGAGAAGGGCAAGAACCACAGCGCUAUCUUUACCCUGGUGGUGGUGGAUGAGUGUAAGUGUUGAUAUUGGUAAUGUGUAUUCCUUGAUGUUACUUUACUGUGUAAAUGCAUAAUGUGUAAUUAACAAAAAAGGGGCCAAGAUUCACCCUAACUGCCCCUUUAAGAUCCACUUGUUUCAGAAACUACAUUUACCAAACUAUUUUCAAACCUGCUCAAUCUGAGGACACCCUCUAAUAUACUGUAGAGGAUACAUCAGUAUCCUCUCAAGAUGGAAGCAAAACUGACCAAAUUGUUGAACAACUCAAAAAAGAAUCUGUCCUGGCACAAUCCCCCAACGUUUGUAAUUUUGUCCAGCACAGAAAAAUUGAAUUGAAAAUCUUAUCAGUAUUGGCAAGGUACAAUACCGUUAACCAUGUCGUAUGUGUAUUGAGGACAAACUAUUUUGUGAGUGGGUCUGAUCUUAGAAGAUGAGACCAAAUCUUAUCUCAUCUUCACACUGGGUCAAAGGAGUCCACUACACUCAGAAGAGACUAGAGGAACCUGGAAGUUAUGAUGAUAGAAAAAGGCCUGGAUGAAAGAGAGUUACUACAAAAGCAGAGGAUAAACAUAACGUUGUCACCAGUAAGAGAGAUCGGCAAAAGACAGCACCAAAAAUAAGGGAGGAAUUCAACAUGACAAGGUUGAAACCCAUAUCUCUGACAACCGUGAAAUGACGUUUGAGAAAGGCUGGUCUGAAGGGUUGUGUAUCUGCAAAAAAAAAAAAAAAAAAAACUACUUUGUCCACAGAACAAGAAAAAGAGAUAUGAGUGGGCAAAAGCUCACAAAAUUGGACUUAUGAUGACUAGAAACAAGUUUGCACUGUUUGGUUCAAAAGGCAGAGUCAAUGUCUGCAGACAAACUGGUGAAGGUCUGAAAGCUCCAUGUGUUACACCCACAAUUCAGCGUGGAGGUGGUAGUCCCAUGGUAUGGGGAUGUUUUGCAGGUGAUGGAGUAGGAGAUUUGUUUGAAGUAAAGGGUAUCAUGAAGAAGGAACAGUACCACUCCAUCCUCCAGCACCAUGCUGUUCCAUCUGGACUCAGACUUGUGGCUCAUAAGUUUGUUUUGCAGCAAGACAAUGACCCUAAGCACUCUGCCAAGCUCUGUCAGGGUUACCUCGACAAAAAAGAAGAUGAAGGUGUUCUUCAAAAGAUGGUUUGGCCCCUCAGUCUCCAGACCUUUCUCCAAUUGAGCUUGUACGGGAUGAAUUGGAUCGAUCGGUCAGAAAAACGCGUCCCACGAAUCAGCCGUCUCUUUUUAAUGAACUUCAGAAAGCUUGGAAUGCAAUCCCUGGAACAUACCUUAGAAAACUUGUGGAACGAAUGCCUGGUAUAUGCCAAGCUGUUGAUACAGCCAGAGGAGGUUACUUUAAAGAAAGGAAAGUCUAAGCAACAAUAACUCAAAUACCUAAUAAUUAUAGUCAAAACGUCUUCUGAUAAGUUACUCUUUACACAAUAGUCAUGUUUAUUGUGUUGCAAAUUAUAUAUAUGAAACUAUGAUCUUUUUUUGUGCAAAUCUAAUCUUGCUUCCAAACUUUUGGCCUGUGGUGUACAAAAUCAUGACUAUCACAGAUAGUCCUUUUUGCUUUUGUAGGUCCUUUAGAACUAUUAGUUACUAUCAGUUACAGUCUGUUUCAUGACUAGUCAAAAUCUCCCCACAGGAGUUUUAAAGCUGCUGCUUAAAACAAACAAGAAAAACAAUCUGACCGUCCAACCAAGUACUGCCUAUAAAAUUUCACAGUGCAUUUGAUUAUUAGAUGGCAAUGUACAAAGAAAAAUUUACACCAGUGCUGGGGAAGUUCCAGCAGAGCCUUUAAAGUUUGAGGAGGGCCACUAGAGACUGGCUCCUUGUGUUCCCUUGUAUCUGAUAUCUGUGCUUUGGUAUCAAGGCUGAAGGUUAUGGCUGCAGCGUGGGAAAGAACUGAUAUCUGUUGAUCUGUAAGUGUGUAAAGUGUCUUGGGUGCUCCUAACGUUGUGAUUCAAAUAUUAAUUCCUCAUUUUACUUCCUGUCCUGUGUCUUGUUGAUGUCUGCAGUGAGGGUGGUGGACAACACACUGGCCACCAUGUUAGCCGCAGCUGUGGGUGGAGCCAUUGCACUGUUAAUGGGCUUCAUGCUGCUCAAGAACUUCACCCUCUUUGUUCUUUCCAAACUUGAAGAGAAAAAGUAAGUUUUUACAGCCACUUGGAUGUUUAUCAAAAAUUCCACUAUUUCAAACUGUUUCAUGUGAGUAUAUAGUUUGGUGAGCUGGGAUACUGAGCAUGCUGUGGUAGAUAUGAGGUGUCUAACUCUUGUCUUAUUCUCCUCUUUUGUCUUUCAACUGCAGUAGGGAGUGCCUUGUAACUUCAUCAGGGAUUGACAACACAGAAAACGGCCUCUCAGGAUCCAAAGCUGAUUCAAAACCAACACCAAAAAAGAAAUGA